AUGAUUCGCCCGCGCGGGCUCGCCGCCUUCCUACUCCAAAAAGGAAUCUCCAACUUCCCCAGCUAUUAUGUCAUUUCGUCAACUUUGAGAGAAUCCACAACCGCCACGAUGCGCGUCGCCCACCGCCUCCUUAUGGCCACGCCGGCCUCAAUCGGCUCCAAAUCUAGCCUUACCGAGGCUCUUGCCCUCCUCCCGCCGCUGCAGCUGUACCGCCGCAUCCUGCGCGUCCACCGCAAGCUCGACCCGCAAAUGCGUCUGCUUGGCGAUUCAUACGUGAGAAAAGAGUUCCAGGCGCAUCGGACCGCAGAAAACCCGCUGCACAUCAUCGGAUUCUUGACAGAGUGGCAGCUCUACGCGCAGAAGCUGGAAGGUGAUAAUUGGGCUGGUGACAAGCUGGAUGAGGCCAAGUUGAACAAGAUGAGCGAUCAGCAAAUUGGACAGCUCUUCGAGCUUAUGCAAGCUAUCCGGAACGGAGGCGAAGGCGAGGAGGGUGAGGGUGAGAAACAAUGA